GUUUUUCAAUUUUUAUAUUUCUCUUAUUCUCCAAAAUAUCUCUGCAAAUUCCGCCUUUCCCUUCCCUUGAGCUUGGGGCAUAUAUUAUUUCGAUACUUCGAUUCCACCACCCGCUACUUCCACUCUUUCUCUUUCUCUGUACCUCGGCCACCGCAGCGGAGAGGGAUCAACUCUCCGACGAUGGCGCCGCCGACGACCGCUGCAGUAGAAGGAGGCCAACGGCCCCAGGGGAGACAGCAACAACAAGGUGGCUUCGGCCAAACUAUCACCGGAAUUAUUCGGAUGGCGGUCUUUUGGUAUUUCGCUUCCAAAUUCUUCUCUCCCAAGAGACCCACCGAACCUACUGCUCUCAUGUCUAAUCUCUUUCAGAAAGGCGAACCGUUGGAUAUGUGGUUAUAUCUCUCAGAGCACGAGAAGUUCAAUGACUUUGGUAGUGAAAGUGCUCUUGUGUGGCAUGAAACCAAUAUACCAUAUGCUGUUUGGGGACCUGAGAGUACCCGAUCUCUUUCUUUGAAGUAUCGCCCGUCUGAGGCUCUGAAGCACAAUGGGAGCCUAUAUGCUCAUGUUUUCUUUGCACAUUCUGGAUAUUCACCGGACCCAAAUGACCCAGAAUACCAGCCUCAAGCAGCAUUUGGAAGGACAUAUGCUGUUGUGACAUACUUGCCAAAGUCAAAAGCAGAUAAAAGAAGGAGCCUCUUGGGGGAUUCAGAAGAUUCUAAUGAGGGUCAAAUGGCAUCUGAGGUUGAUGACACCCAAGAUAAUUUAAAGGACAAUGGCCCUGUGGAGUGGGUUUCUUAUUGGAGACCAAAUAUUACAAUAAACUUGGUUGAUGACUUCACACGGUACCCAAAAAAGGGUGUCCCACCAAAUAUUGCUCCACACUUGAACAUUGAUCCUAUCUCAGAGAACUACUAUCCAAUUGUUUUUUUCAAUGAAUUCUGGUUACUGAGGGAUAAGUUGAUACCUAUAAAUGAGACGGUAACCGAGUUACCUCUUCAUAUGGAGGUAGGCCCCAUUAGCAUGACAAAAUGGCAAUUAUUCCUGCAGAUUGAUCAGUCCUUUCAGAUUCACCGUAGUUAUGGAAGCAUGCUUGAAGGAGAGGGUGAUGAGCUGAAGAGGGUAUUCUUGGAAGGAAAUCCUUACCUCCUGGCGGUUACCAUGGUUGUUUCUCUGCUUCAUUCAGUUUUUGACUUUUUGGCUUUCAAGAAUGAUAUCCAAUUUUGGAACAAAAAUAAGUCUAUGGAAGGACUCUCUGCAAAAUCUGUUGUCGUUAGCUUUAUUUCUCAGCUUAUUGUAUUCCUUUAUCUGCUUGACAAUGACACUUCGUGGAUGAUACUUGCAAGUUCUGGCAUUGGCUGCAUAAUUGAGUUCUGGAAAAUUGGAAAAGCCAUGCAUAUUGAGCUUGAUAGGACGGGGAGGAUACCAAUGUUGAAGUUCCGAGAUCGAGAAUCAUAUGUACGGAAUAAGACAAAAGAAUAUGAUGACAUUGCAAUGAAGUAUUUGUCCUAUGUUUUGUUUUUCCUUGCUGCAUGCUUCUCUGUUUACUCAUUGAAGUACGAACGCCACAAGAGCUGGUAUUCUUGGAUUCUGUCUUCACUCACAAGCUGUGUAUACAUGUUUGGUUUUAUCAUGAUGUGCCCUCAAUUGUUCAUCAACUACAAGCUUAAAUCUGUUGCUCAUCUUCCUUGGAGGCAGAUGACUUACAAGUUUCUCAACACAAUCAUUGAUGAUCUUUUUGCUUUUGUCAUUAAGAUGCCAGCAUUACAUCGGCUAUCUGUUUUCCGCGAUGAUGUUAUAUUUCUCAUAUAUUUAUAUCAAAGGUGGAUUUAUCCGGUGGACAAGAAGCGUGUUAAUGAGUUUGGUUUUGGUGGUGAAGAUGAUCAGCCCGCAGAUGCUGCCGCAGCUGUAGAUCCUGCUAAGGAGGAGGAGAAGAAAACUAACUGAGAAAGGUUUCUAUGUUAGAAAAUUUCACAGUAAACUCGGUAGAAUGUAAUGGUGAAUUAGUUAGUUUUUGUCCUCCUCUUUUUAUUUUAUUUUUGUUUACUGUUUUGCUUUUACUGUAAGGCUUUUAGUCCGGUCUUGACUUCCAAGUAUUUGCUAGCACAGAAGGAUAGAGUAUAUUUGAUUUGGGUCUUGAUUUCAGUUUUCGUGUUCUUCCAGUAAAGGCCCUCAACAAUGAUCUGUAUGCUUAGUCAUUUUUAUUAUUUAAGAAUUAUGAAUUGUUUUAUACA